AUGGUUUUAAAGGAUGAUAUUUCUAUGUAUAGUCUUAUAUUAGAAGAAUCUAUCACAACUAAAGAAAAAUUAUGCAACUUAAAUAAAAGAAAUACUUAUUGCAAAGGUCUCUUUACUGAAGGUCAUACUAAAAAGACUUAUAUAAAAAAAUGUAAUGGUAUAAAGGAUAAACUCAAAUAUUAUUAUCAUUUAGGAAAAACUUUAUUUACAGGAGAGUGGAAUGCAAGAAUAGAAACGGAAGAUUGCGAAAAUUAUGGAACGUUGUAUAUAGUUUUUCAAAAAAUUUGCUAUGAUACUGAAGAUAAUAUAUUGUUGAAAUUUAUAGGAAAAGAAACACUAUCUAAUCAACCGAUACAUAAUGAACCAAAACAUAAAUAUAUUUAUACCAAAUGUGUUGACACUCUUCUUGAAAAAUAUUCUACCAUAGUAAGCCCAAAAGAGGUUAUACAAAGAAAACAAGAGCAUAUCACUGGUUAUAAGGAAAAGAUAACAAGAAAUAACUGUUCAUUGUUAGACGCUUGUGACUAUUAUUUAUUACUCUGUCAUAACAAAACAACAGAGAAUCUUUGCAAGCCAAUAAUAAAAGAAUGCUCCGCAAAAGUUGAUCUAGAUAUGGAUUUCGUAAAGAACCUUUCUUUAGGCAAAUGCAGAUCAACAAAAAAAGAAAAUGGAGUUUUAUCACCGUAUAAAGCUCCAUAUCUUACUCCUCUUUUAACGUUUUUAUCUUCCCUAGGAAGAUCUACUCUUACUUUAGAGAAAAGAUGCAUGAAUUUUAUUAAAGAAAAUUGUAUGGCUUUUGAUGGUAUGUUUCCUAAUCUUCAUGCAUAUUGUGAAAGUAAACAAACUGAUGAAUGUAAAAAAUUGGAUAAAAAGAUGAAUACAACAUGUAUCAAUUUAAACAAAACAUUUGAAGAUUUAGGUCUUACUUCUACUAAUGGCGUUUGA